CUCAUAGCUGCAUGCAUGCUGCAAGGGCAACGCAGAAAUUCUUGAUAAUAACUCAUGCCAACACCGCAGAAAGCCUCGUGUUCUGAUCACUUGGCGUACAAUAGACAUUGACACCACGGAGUUUGCCGCUGCGGUUCUCCAUGAACGGGCUUCAUCUUGCUUGAUUCGACAUGAUGCUCCAAAUUUGUGGAGAUCCUGAGAUGGUAGUAACUUCCGCACUCUCGCGUUUGGCAUAGAUUGUCGUGUCCGAGACUCUCUGCAGGAGGACAUUUGUCAUGGUCAUCCAAGCAGAAGCCAUGCCAAGCAAGACAACCAACAACACUCACAUGCUUUGCUUCCCUAAUUCGCCCUGCUGACGUCCGAAUGAUGAUUGGGCGAGAGGUUAUCUACCUUCCGCCAGAUCUUGUGUGUGGGCAGACAGGCAAGAGCCAAAAAGUCCCACUCCGAGUAAAAUUCCAGACCAAUUACCACACAAGAGCUGCCAUCAAUGACAGGCCCUAUAGACUAUUCCUCGCCCUCAUGCUCCAGAUAAUCCAGCUACUGUGCCCGGCUGUUUCAAAAUCAGAGCGCGUUCUCAAUCGACUAUGGCCCUUAGAAGACCCAGCAGCCUUCGUCCUUUCGCAUCGACGGCCUGACGAAGCGGAGCACGACGCGGUUCCUGAGGAGUGAUGCUGAGCCGCAUUGGAAAACAAAGAGGCUGAUGAACAUUUCCCUCUGGACAUUCACCAGUACCUGCGUGCC